AUGGUUUCAAUUAAUUCUCGUUUGAUUAACUUUGUGACCAAUUUUUCAAAGGUCAAGGGCGCCGUCCUCGCCGACACUUUUUCGAAAAUCAGGGAGAUGGAUCCUCGAAUUAUCGAUGACAUUGCGACGUCUGUUGCCAAAUUAAGCAUGUUUCCUUAUUUUGACAUCGCCCAUUAUGUGCUGAUGAGCACAGCCAUCAGAGAUGAUAUUCCGCAAUCAGGAUCUGGUGUUUUUUCCCGGAAACAUCCAUUCGCUUGUUGGUUUGCCACAAUGUUAAUGUGCUUCGGCGGCAGCAUUCUCAGCAAUUUUGUGCUCGGAGAACCGGUGUUUGCCUGUUUUGACGAUCAUCGUGCUGUGCUGACUGCAACUGCCGUGUGGUAUCUGAUAAAUUACUCGCCAUUCGACAUUGUUUACAACAUCUACUCAAUUUUCACAUUUCGCCUACUGAUCUGUGCCAUGAAGGAGGUACAGCGAGCCAAAAAGAUUUCUCUUGGUGUCUCUCACGCCUUCCAUGAUUAUCCACACAGCAUGGUGACAUGCGUUUUGGUUGGCCUUCUAAAAGGUACGGGUUAUUUGGAGAUGAAGAUUUUCUCACGACUUGUGCGCGGAGUUUGGUUGCCCGCGUCGACGGAAUUUCUGCAUCCUAGUUUCACAUCGAAAAUCUCACUCAUAUCUGCGGUCGUCUUUUACUGUGAUCUCAUGGAUCUGAUUCCUUUACACCGAAAUCACCUGUUUCUUUCCGUUGUUGGUGUUCUCGUCUAUAUGCGAAUUGCCAUGUUGUGCUUCGGCCUGAAAGAUCCCUUCGCCCCUAUUGAAAACUUAAUCUGCAGUAUCUUCUUUGGCGGCGUCGUUGACGCUUUGAAGACCGCCGUGACUCGUCACAUGACUGAUGACGCGUCGGAGAUAGCCGUGACCAAUCAGAACGUGAUCGGACCCAGUGCCUCCGCUGGAGCUUCUCAGGACAAUUACGGUGGCUCUGCGUCGGGCGGGGUUGGGAAAGAUGGCUCGGUGACCGCAACACUUCGUCGAACCAACCCUCCUGCGUCCCCUUCGAAUGCCGACAAGAAGAGAGACUAA